AUGUUAUCCCUACAUUUCGCACCCACCACUGAUGAGCCUUACGCCUGGGACUACCCCAGUCAUGACGGUCAAUUUCCCUCCGAGCCGUUGGAUGAGCUCGGCUGUAUAAGUGUUCUUUUGAAGGCCAACUUCCUUCUCACCACAAUAAUUGGCGGCCUCUUGUCGUUCACUUUGUUCUACCUGGUAUGUUUCAAGACCACAGGAGCCCUAAAAAACUAUCGAAAAAUGCUAUUUAUCUGCUCUGUCAACGACGUUACAUAUUGGGCUUUCGACAAUUUGAUGGGCACGGUAAGUAUGCCAAAGCAAAAUGAAAAUAAAGUGUAUUCCAGAAGCUCAAAGAGAAGGAUGGAGUUUUCAUGGUCAAAUUGGAAGGUCCAAUAAGAUUUUUGGAGCGAGAACCGCGGCUAAGAAUCUUCUCAGUCUACAUUUUCUCCGCAUGCCUUGUUAAUUCGUUGCUUCCCGCUCAGGUUUACUUCAGAUACUGCUCACUGUUAAGGUAAGCAAACAGCUUCAUUGCUGAAUAGUCAUUUUUUCUCCAGUGCUAAUGGUUGGAGUCACACAGAUAUUGCCUAGUACUUGUUAUUUUACCUACAAGGAAAGCUUUUCUGUAAGGCACACUCCGAAAUGGGUGCUAAUAAUUAUGCUCACGGUCUUUGUAGGACGUUAGAGGGUAUCUUACAAUAAGUGAAUCAUCUUGCUGACUCAUAGGGACAGAGAAGACGUUAGUUUUUUAGGCGGUUAGAAGGUUGUGUCUACGGAUUUUUUGAAAAUUUGAACAACUCAAAGUAUACUUACCAAUUGCAAUAGGUACAUAGGAAAAAUAAGUUGUUGCAGAUUCUGUCUGUAUUCACUAAUACACAUACCAAAUUUCAUGAUUGGUGAGGUACCUUCAAUUGAAGCAUGGUGGACAAAAAUUUGUGUCCUUUAGUAUAGGUCGCAAUACACAAUUUUUAAUUGAACUUUGAGCUUUUCCAGAAAAUCCGCAAAACCCUUUGCAGAUCUCAGCCGCUAAGUACCGCAAAAACAACAAUUUUAUUUCUGAUUUCGUUCCUGGCCGCCGCACCCAACUGUUACCUGGCCUACCUCGGGUACGGAAGCUCGGCAGAGGUCCGUCCGGGCUACAACUACGGAAAGCUAUGGUAUCGGGAGGUUCCGUUGCCUCCGGUCUUUUAUGCUGACAUUGUAAGGAGUUGAAUAAGUUUGAUUGCUAUGAUUGCUCACCGUAAUUUUAAAUUUUAGCGCUCAACGAAGCAAAAAAUCUACUUUAUCUAUGGUGGAUGCUUCGUGUGCAUGUCCUAUGGCGUGUCGGUCUUUUUUGGUUACAAAACAAUGCAGAAAAUGUCGACAUUGUACGACUCUUGCUCUGAAAACACAAAGCGACUUCAACGGCAACUUAAUAGUUAUCUGUUUGUGCAGGUAGAUAGAUUUUUCUCCGUUUGGAAAUUAGAGAUUUCAUUUUCAGUUUAUCAUUCCCCUUGUUGUGUGUGUGGGGCCUAUGAUGUACUUUGUUAUCCCGGCAUUUUUCUACGUCGACACGGGAAGACCUUGCUUGCUAAUUGGCGUAUCGCUGAGCUGGAUUCCCAUGCUGAACGCGCUGAUUACGAUGAUUGUGAUUGUGCCGUAUAGAAGGUUUCUUAUGAGGAUGAUUUUCUCAGUUCUACCCGAUAUGUGUAAAGGAGCCACCAGCAUUCGAGACUACAAGUCCAGGUCGACGGGAUCUGGUUGA